GAUUUGCUUAACCAUCUGCGACAGGAUGCAUAGGGUGCCCCGCCCGCCUCUCCCCGACGGCCGCACUGCUCCGCUUCCGCCCUCCGCCCGUCGCCCGCUGCCCACCCUCCCCUACCCGGCUCACCCCAGCCGGCCGCCGCCCUGCCGCCCCUUCGCGCAGCGCCCCUACGCCUUGCGCGGCCGGCGGCUCCACCCGCCUCCCGGCGCGCCGCGCGGCUGCGGCCUGCGGCUUGCGGGCGCGUCUGUUCGCUGGGUCCAGCCUGCGCCUUGCUACGGCCGCCCGUCAACUUCCGCCGUCGUCGCCCACUGCAGCCCUCUGCCCGUCGGCACUGUUAUUGGAUGUACAUGUAUACUGGGUCCGCCCCUGAUUACAGAGAUGAACGUGGCAGCGCCACCACAUCUUCGCCUAUAUGAAUUCGCCAAGACCGCUCUCAUCAAAAUUUUUGCCUUUCCUUAUGCCACGGUCUGUGACUUGUAUUGUGAUGGUGGAGUUGAUACGGACAAGUGGUGUGAUGCCCAGGUUGGUCACUAUAUAGGAAUCGAUGCCUCUGCAUCGGGUGUCAGCGAUGCCCGUGAGCUAUGGGAGAACAAGAGGAAACCUUUCACUGCCGAGUUCAUCGAGUUGGAUCCUUCUGAUGAUGAUUUCGAAGCUCAAGUGCAGGAAAAGGGCAUCCAGGCAGAUAUUGUUUGUUGUAUGCAGCACUUGCAGUUAUGCUUUGAGAGUGAAGAACAGGCAAAGAAACUUCUGAAUAAUGUAUCAUCACUUCUCAAACCUGGUGGCUACUUUUUUGGCAUGACUCCUGAUUCGUCGACAAUAUGGACAAAAUAUCAAAAGAAUGUUGAGGCUUCACAUAAUAAAGGCCUGAAGACUGUUCCAAAUAGCAUUCGCUCAGAGAAUUAUACCAUUACCUUUGAAGUUGAGGAAGAAAAGUUUCCCUUCUUUGGAAAGAAGUACCAACUAAAAUUUGCGAGUGAAGCAGUAUCUGAAAAUCACUGCCUGGUUCACUUUCCCAGCCUUAUGAGAUUAGCAAGGGAAGCUGGACUUGAAUACGUGGAGAUCCAGAAUUUAACUGAAUUUUAUGAUGAUAACAGAACACAAUUUGCUCCAAUGCUUGGUGGUUACAGUGCAAGUUUUUUGGAUGCUCGUGGAAAGCUUGUUACUCGUUCCUAUGACAUUUUAGGCUUGUAUUCAACUUUUGUAUUCCAGAAGCCUGACCCAGAUGCAAUACCACCUAUUGCAACACCCGACUUGCAUGAUACUGAUAAUGCUCAGGAAGAGGAUUGGCUCCGGCGGCAGCAGCCAGCCGAUGACGGGAGGGGUCCGCAUGCGGAUGUGCUUCCCUUGGAUCAUGAGAAAGGCAUCCUGGGUCCUGGACCUGCAGAUAUGAGACUUUAGCUGCUGGUAAAUCAAAUCCGGCUUGACGUAGGGGCAAUGAUGCUUUUAUUUUUUUUCCUCCCACUUAGGACAAUCUCUUGUGCUUCCACUAAGAGUUCACGAAAUUGUAAAACAACAUUACUAAGGAGGUCUGCCAAUCUUGGCAGAGACACGUUUUCUUUGUACAAUUUCGGCCUUGCCCAAAUUGCCUGGCCGCAAGCUGACUUGAACCUAAUCCAGUGCAAGCCCUCUUCCCCGCCGAGACCACA